UGAGACCAAAAAUAAGAACAAGAGUUAGAGCAUACACAAAGAAAAAUUAAAGAUUUUAUUCUAAAAUCAAACUGUUGCACGCUAAAAAAUCAUUAUAAAUACUAUUUUAAUAUGGAUACAUUUGAUGUAUCUGAUAGGAGCAGUUGGUACUUUGGAUCCAUGUCUCGGCAAGAAGCAACUGAGGUGUUAAUGAAUGAACGAGAACGUGGUUUUUUGGUUCGUGACAGCAAUUCAAUAGAAGGCGAUUAUGUACUUUGCGUGAGAGAAGACACUAAAGUGAGCAACUACAUCAUUAACAAAGUGCAGCAACAAGACCAAAUUGUUUUCCGCAUCGGUGAUCAAUCAUUUGAAAAUCUACCAAAACUGCUUACAUUUUACACACUACAUUAUCUGGACACCACACCAUUAAGACGACCAGCUCUGAAAAAAAUUGAAAAGGUUAUUGCCAAGUUUGAUUUCGUUGGCAGUGAUCAAGAUGAUUUACCAUUUCAAAGAGGCGAAGUGCUUACUAUAAUUCGAAAAGAUGAGGAUCAAUGGUGGACUGCUCGCAGCUCUACAGGACAAAUUGGACAAAUACCGGUUCCCUACGUUCAAAAAUUCUAUGAUGACUCUAUAGGUGAAGAUAAUGUGGAUCAGCCGACAACAUUAAACAUCAGUUCAUGUUUAGCACGUACCAAUAUUUCAUAUAGUGUUAACUGCGACCCACCUACCGUAUCGACUGGUCAGUUUAGUACAUUAAAACGGACAGACUUAAACCGAAAGCUCCCAGCCCGAGCUCGUGUUAAGCAAUCAAGAGUGCCAAACGCGUAUGAUAAGACUGCGCUUAAAUUGGAAAUUGGUGAUAUCAUUAAAGUCACUAAAACCAAUAUUAAUGGUCAAUGGGAAGGCGAGUUGAAUGGACGCAAGGGUCAUUUUCCAUUUACACACGUUGAGUUUGUUGAGGAUUGUGACUUAAGCAGUAAUUGUACGAAUAUCCGAUUUAAUAGCGCUAACGAUUGGGUUGAACAACACUAACAAUAUAAUUAUAUAUGUAUUUAAGUUAAGGAAAUGUAUGAACGAAUAACAUUUAAGUGGGGCUUAUCAACUGUUAAACUAUGAAAUAUAUUGAUUGAUCAUAGAUAAUUGAAA